GGUAAUAUGUCGCUCGGUUAUCUAGUAUUAAAUAAAGCGACGGUUGUAUAGAGAAGGUAGCGGUGGAUUAAAGCUAACGGAAUCGGCUUUGCAAUUUCACAUACUACCGGCGCAUUCAGCAAAACUUGACGGCGUCGAAAAUUCACAAAAGAAGUCAGAUAUUAAUAUUGUAGUGGAAGUGGAUUUUCUAUUGAAUUUUCUGGAUCAUGAAACCAGACAAUCGCAUAGCAGAAAAUCAUAAUUUGCCCUGAGCAGCGCUGCAGUGCGAUCACUCUUCCUCUCUGUCCUACUGGAUUUGAAAAGCAGAUCGAUCUACAAAACCACACGCCGCGUUGUGUUAUUCCCUGAUAUUCUGCAGUCAAAUUACAUUGAGGUUUUGUAUAGCUGAGGUUACUGGUUUGCAAAGGACUGAAUUACAGUUAAACUGGGAUGGACAAUGCCCACACAAAGACCGUUGAGGAGGUGCUGGGAUAUUUCGGUGUUAAUGAGACAACAGGACUGAGCUCUGAGCAAUUAAGAAAGAGCAGGGAAAGAUGGGGUCCCAACGAGUUACCUGCCGAAGAAGGCAAGUCACUAUGGGAACUUGUUCUGGAGCAGUUCGAGGAUCUGCUUGUUCGAAUUCUCCUGCUCGCAGCCUGUAUUUCCUUUACUUUGGCCUGGUUUGAAGAAGGUGAAGGAACCAUUACAGCCUUCGUUGAGCCUUUUGUCAUUCUUCUCAUUCUAAUUGCCAAUGCUAUUGUAGGGGUGUGGCAGGAACGUAAUGCUGAAAAUGCCAUUGAAGCACUUAAACAAUAUGAGCCUGAGAUGGGGAAGGUAUACAGACAGGAUAGAAAGAGCGUACAGAGGGUCAGAGCCAGAGACAUUGUGCCUGGAGACAUCGUAGAAGUGGCAGUUGGUGAUAAAGUCCCAGCAGACAUCAGACUGACCUCCAUCCGCUCCACCACUCUGAGAGUGGACCAGUCCAUCCUGACGGGUGAAUCCGUAUCCGUCCUUAAACACACAGACCCAGUGCCAGACCCACGCGCUGUCAACCAGGACAAAAAAAACAUGCUGUUUUCCGGUACAAACAUUGCAGCAGGGCGAGCUGUAGGUGUCGUGGUUGCCACAGGUGUGCACACAGAGAUCGGCAAGAUCAGAGAUGAGAUGGCAGCCACAGAUCCAGAGAGAACCCCUCUGCAGCAGAAACUAGACCAGUUUGGAGAGCAGCUCUCAAAGGUGAUCACAGUGAUCUGUGUGGCAGUGUGGGGUAUUAACAUCGGACACUUCAGUGACCCGGUGCAUGGAGGCAGUUGGCUGCGAGGAGCUGUGUAUUAUUUCAAGAUCGCCGUUGCUCUGGCUGUAGCUGCCAUUCCUGAGGGUCUUCCUGCCGUCAUUACCACUUGCCUGGCACUUGGCACGCGUCGCAUGGCCCGCAAAAAUGCCAUAGUCCGUUCCUUGCCAUCUGUGGAGACGCUCGGCUGUACCUCAGUCAUCUGCUCGGACAAGACGGGCACUCUCACCACCAACCAGAUGUCUGUCUGCAGGGUGUUUAUUGUGGACAGCGUCGCGGGCGAGAGGUGUUUACUGAACGAGUUUACAGUAACUGGAUCUACUUACGCUCCUGAAGGAGAAGUGUAUAAGGACGGUGUACCAGUGCGCUGCAGUCAGUAUGAAGGUCUUGUGGAAAUGGCAUCUAUCUGUGCCCUGUGUAAUGACUCCUCACUGGACUUCAAUGAGAGUAAAGGGGUGUAUGAGAAAGUGGGUGAGGCAACAGAGACGGCUCUGUGUUGUCUGGUGGAAAAGAUGAACGGCUUCGACACAGACCUGAGAGGCCUCACACCUGUUGAAAGAGCCACUGCCUGCUGCUCGGUCAUAAAGCAGUUAAUGAGAAAGGAGCUGACUUUGGAAUUUUCUCGAGAUAGGAAGUCCAUGUCUGUUUUCUGCACUCCAAACAAACUCACUCGCUCUGCUUCAGGGGCCAAGAUGUUUGUCAAGGGUGCACCAGAGAGUGUGCUGGAGCGUUGCCGUUGGAUACGGGUAGGUGGUGGUUCACGUGUGCCCGUGACCUCUGACCUAAGAGAGCAGCUCUUAAGCACAGUACGAGAAUGGAGUUCAGGUCGCGAUACACUACGCUGCCUGGCCAUGGCCACCAGGGAUUCACCCCCUGACCCUCGAACCCUGAACUUGGAGAACUCUGCCACCUUCACAGAAUAUGAGUCGGACUUGACGUUUGUUGGCUGUGUGGGAAUGCUGGAUCCUCCGAGGAAGGAGGUGCUGAACGCAGUACGCAUGUGCAGACAGGCCGGCAUACGGGUCAUUAUGAUCACAGGUGAUAAUAAGGGAACCGCCUUGUCUAUCUGUCGUCGUGUGGGCAUCAUCACCGAACAGGAGGAAGAGGAGGCUGGAGGUGAGCCGUUCGGCAGCGGCCUCACCGGACGAGAGUUUGAUGAACUGCCCCCACACCUGCAGCGACAGGCCUGCCGCACCGUCCGCUGUUUCGCCCGCGUCGAACCAACGCACAAGAGCCGUAUCGUGGAAUAUUUACAAAGCCUCAGUGACAUCACAGCUAUGACGGGUGAUGGUGUGAAUGACGCCCCUGCUCUGAAGAAGGCAGAGAUUGGCAUUGCCAUGGGCUCAGGCACAGCAGUGGCUAAAUCAGCAUCAGAAAUGAUUUUAGCAGACGAUAAUUUUUCAACAAUCGUGGCAGCAGUGGAGGAGGGAAGAGCCAUUUACAACAACAUGAAACAGUUCAUCCGCUACCUCAUUUCCUCUAACAUCGGAGAGGUGGUCUGUAUUUUCCUCACAGCUGCGUUGGGAAUGCCCGAAGCUCUGAUCCCAGUCCAGUUGCUGUGGGUCAACCUGGUGACGGACGGCUUCCCAGCCACUGCUCUUGGCUUCAACCCCCCUGACCUGGACAUCAUGUCCCGCCCCCCACGUUCCCCCAAAGAACCUCUCAUCUCUGGCUGGCUCUUCUGCAGAUACCUCAUUAUUGGCUGUUAUGUUGGGGCAGCUACAGUUGGUGCUGCUGCCUGGUGGUUCAUGGCAGCUCACGAUGGACCGAAGCUCACCUUCUACCAGCUGUCUCACUAUCUGCAGUGCAGUGAAGGUCACGCUGAGUUUGCAGGAGUUCAGUGCUCAGUGUUUGAGUCUCCAUAUCCCAUGACUAUGGCCCUGUCUGUGCUGGUUACUAUUGAGAUGUGCAAUGCCCUCAACAGUUUGUCAGAAAAUCAGUCUCUGCUCAAGAUGCCACCAUGGUCAAACCCCUGGUUGGUGGGAGCUAUCUGUCUCUCAAUGGCCCUACACUUUCUCAUCUUGUACGUGGACCCACUUCCUGUUAUAUUUCAGAUCAGGCCUUUGUCUUGGCCCCAGUGGGUGACUGUCCUGAAGAUGUCCCUGCCUGUUAUUUUAAUGGAUGAAGCCCUAAAGUUCUUGGCCAGAAACUAUAUCGAGCCUGGUAGUGAUCUGCAGCUGGAUGAGGAAGAAGGCCAUGCAGCGGCAGCUGGCGGGGUGAUCGGGAUGCUGCGCCGUGCCUUUAAGGGCGUGUCCUGGUCGUUUGUGCUUAUCUCAGCCCCACUGCUGAUCUGGAUCUUCAGCCUGGACUCAGACAUUACUAAUAUCUUCUGGGAUUAGACAGGAGUGUGCUUGAGUCAGAGAGGGCAAACUGAGCAAAGGGGAUUGAUGGAGCUGAUGUUUUAAGUGGUUGUAUAAGCAGUGUACACAUUCAAUGUAGAAUGCUCAAGGUGGGAUACAGAUGUAGGAAUGAAAGCAAGAGCAGAACCAGGACAAUCACACAUUUAAAGGGAUGCUGGGAAUGGGGGGGACCAGUGAGAAAAUUUAGUCAUCAAAUGGCAUGUGGUUGUCUUAUGACCGUCUACUUCAGCCUUUUACUUUUUUGGUUUUAUCAUUGUUAUUACAUCAGCCUUUGACUUUUUCGGUUUUAUCAUUGUUAUUAUUUAUUUUUAUGUUGUAAAUACACCUUAAGUGUUAAUUUUAGCUUAAAAUUUUCAUUUGUUCACAUUAGUUUUUACAAAAUUAGUUUUUUCUCAAGCAUUCUGACUAUACAUUUCCAAAAAGCUGCAGUUGUUUGUUAAGGCUAUAAAUAACUUUGUGAUAAAUUGCACAUUUGAACCGCUUACCCUUAUUUGUAGCCUUUUACAUAAUUAGUCAUUCAUUUGAAUAUACAGUAUUUCUUACAGUUGAUGAAGUCUUGAUGAUGUUGGGUCAUGAAAGAUUUUAAUAAAAUGUUUAUGUGUUGUGUUCUCAAUUGAAAGAACAAGGAAAGCCACCUCAAAAUC